GAAGGUCAAUAAUGACAAGCAGUGGAAUAUUCAAAACAAAACCAGUAAAAUCAAAUACAGAUACUACAAAAGACGUGAUCGAUUCCUCUGAAUUAUCCCAUAGUGAAUCUUAUUAACUCAGAUUCAAUCACUAUCCUUCCCAUCUCCAUUUUCAUUUAAUAAAACAUUUAACCACUGAAAACAAUUCUGUAUCUUCUUUCUCUUUCUUGGUUGAUUAGUUAUGGCUUCUUUGAGUUUGACCCAGAUCAAGGGGAGCAAUUCUGUCACUGAAUUUACUCGGCUCCGUUUGAGAACUCAACGUGGCAGGAGUAAAAGUGGGUUCUUGAAGGUGGUGGGUUCUCAAGGACAGAAUCAGGGAGAGCCUGAUUUGAGUGUCACUGUAAAUGGGUUACAUAUGCCUAACCCGUUUGUUAUUGGGUCUGGUCCACCGGGUACCAAUUAUACUGUCAUGAAAAGGGCCUUUGAUGAAGGCUGGGGAGCUGUCAUUGCUAAAACCGUGUCACUAGAUGCAGCGAAAGUUAUAAAUGUAACUCCUCGAUAUGCUAGGCUACGAGCUGGUGCAAAUGGCUCGGCCAAGGGGCAAAUUAUUGGUUGGGAGAAUAUAGAACUCAUAAGUGACCGACCUCUUGAAACAAUGUUGAAAGAAUUUAAGCAAUUAAAAGAAGAAUAUCCUGAUAGGAUUCUCAUUGCUUCAAUCAUGGAGGAGUAUAACAAAGCUGCAUGGGAGGAACUUAUUGACCGAGUAGAGCAAACUGGAAUUGAUGCUUUAGAAAUCAACUUCUCAUGUCCUCAUGGUAUGCCUGAGCGUAAAAUGGGUGCUGCAGUUGGCCAAGAUUGUGCAUUGUUGGAAGAGGUUUGUGGCUGGAUUAAUGCAAAAGCUACUGUCCCAGUAUGGGCAAAGAUGACUCCUAACAUCACUGACAUAACACAGCCUGCUAGGGUGUCACUAAAAUCAGGAUGCGAGGGAGUGGCUGCUAUUAACACCAUCAUGAGUGUAAUGGGAAUAAAUCUGAAAACUUUACGGCCAGAGCCUUGCGUCGAAGGAUAUUCAACUCCAGGGGGUUACUCUUCCAAAGCAGUCCACCCUAUUGCACUUGGGAAAGUAAUGAAUAUUGCCAAAAUGAUGAAAUCAGAAUUUGAUUUGGAGCAAUACUCACUUUCUGGUAUUGGAGGUGUUGAGACAGGCAGUGAUGCUGCUGAAUUUAUUCUUGUUGGAGCAAAUACAGUUCAGGUAUGCACUGGAGUUAUGAUGCAUGGAUAUGGUCUUGUGAAGAAACUCUGCGAUGAGCUGAAGGAUUUUAUGAAAAUGCACAACUUCUCAUCAAUAGAAGAUUUCAGAGGAGCAUCUCUCGAGUAUUUCACAACGCACAUGGAUUUGGUGCGCCGGCAACAAGAAGCGAUACAACAGAGGAAAGCUAUCAAGAAAGGUUUGCAGUCUGACAAAGAUUGGACCGGGGAUGGUUUUGUGAAAGAGACCGAGAGCAUGGUUUCUAACUAAACUGAAAAAUGAAAGCAAGUCUGUCUGUACAAUAAAAAUAAAUGGGAUUUCAUCCCACCUUAUGUUGAUAGUUUGAUAGCUGAACUUUGUUGUUGUUUGAAUCGAGAACAGCUUAAAGCACACGAAUUUCUCAGUUGCAAAUGAAAUAACCUGUGUCAUGUUUGUCAUU